AACAUGGCGGCCUACAUGGUGGGGGGCUGUACGGCCGCCGCGGGCCUGGCCCGGGGUUUCCGAGCCUCCGGGGCGCUGCUCCCUGCGCCGGCCUCUGUCGCCUGCCGGCUCAGCACGGGGCCUUCCGAGCCCGGCGCGUUCCAGCCGCCGCGGAAGCCCGUCAUCGUAGACGAGCGCCGGUCGCAAGCCGAGGAGAGGAGGUUUUUGAGUCCUGAAUUCAUUCCUCCAAGGGGAAGAACAAAUCCUCUGAAAUUUCAAAUAGAAAGAAAAGAUAUGUUAGAAAGGAGAAAAGUACUCCACAUUCCCGAGUUCUAUGUUGGAAGCAUACUACGUAUUACCACAGCCGACCCAUAUGCCAAUGGGAAAAUUAGCCAGUUUCUGGGGAUUUGUAUCCAGAGAUCAGGAAAAGGACUUGGAGCUACUUUUAUCCUUAGGAAUACUAUUGAAGGACAAGGUGUUGAGAUUUGUUUUGAACUGUAUAAUCCUCGAAUCCAUGAGAUCCAAGUGGUCAAAUUAGAGAAACGGCUGGAUGAUAGCUUGCUAUACUUACGAGAUGCCCUUCCUGAAUACAGCACUUUUGAUAUGAAUAUGAAACCAGUAAUACUGGAGUCUAGCAAAGAAGUUCCUGUUAACAAGCUGAAAGUAAAAAUGAAGCCUAAGCCUUGGUCCAAACGCUGGGAACGUCCAUAUUUUAAUAUUAAAGGAAUCAGAUUUGAUCUUGCUUUGACUGAAGAGCAAAUGAAAGAAGCUCAGAAGUGGAGUCAGCCAUGGCUUGAGUUUGAUAUGAUGAGGGAAUAUGAUACUUCAAAAAUUGAAGCUGCACUAUGGAAUGAAAUCGAAGCAUCAAAAGCAUCCUGAUUCUGAUUAUCCUUUUGGUUACCUGCAGAGGAUGUAUAAGCGCUCAGAAGAUGUACUUUGAAACCAGUUUAAUUUCAUUUAUAAGACCAUAGUCAUUAAGUGAACUAAGCAUUCAUUAUUUCAUUAGUACUUUUUAUAAAAAUAAAAUUUGCAUGCCAGUUUGUUACUGUAAAGAGAGAACUACACAUACCAAAUAUCCCAGUGUUCAUUUCCUUAUUGGAGGGUAAGCCAUCAGAUCUGAACAAAGGGAAUGGUGGGGUGAUUUUCUUAAAUUGUAAAAUAAACCAUAAGAACAGAAUGAUGUAUGAUUUGAAGAAUAAUAAUGAACAUUCAUGCACCUACUUCCAGGUACAAAAUAAAAUAUUUAACAACAUUUAAGAAUAUCUGAGUCUAGGUCUGAUAGUGUACACCUGUAAUCCCAGCCUUUAGGAGUGUGAGGCAGGAGGAUAAUAAGUUUGAGGCCAGUGUGGGUGAUUUAGGAAGAUCUGGUAUAUGUGUCUCAAAAGACAUUAACUAAAAACAGCCAUUUGUCUACAGAUUAAGGCACCUAUCUGUGUUGAUCAUUGUCUUGCAUUUCUUUUUAUUGCUAAUGUGUAUAGUGUGCAUAUGU